CUCCCGCGCUCACCCCCGCCUCCUCAGCCCGUUCCGCCUUCCACAACUAAGUUCUCCUCGCUACCACAGUCGCCCCCCUUCUCCCCCCUUACAUCGUACCCCAUGGCGACCCGUCUUCAAUUCGAGAACUCGUCCGACAUCGGCGUCUUCUCCAAGCUCACCAACUCGUACUGCCUGGCCGCGAUCCAGGGCUCUACCAACUUCUACUCCGCCUUCGAGGCGGAGCUCGGGGACGUGAUACCCAUCGUGCACUCUACCAUCGGCGGCACGCGUAUCAUCGGGCGGUUAACCGCAGGCAACCGCCACGGCCUGCUCGUCCCCUCCACCACGACCGACGUCGAGCUGCAGCACCUGCGCAACGCGCUCCCGGACGCGGUGGCCAUCCAGCGCGUCGAGGAGCGCCUGUCCGCGCUCGGGAACGUCAUCGCGUGCAACGACUACGUCGCGCUCGUGCACCCGGACGUCGACCGCGAGACGGAGGAGAUCGUCGCGGACGUGCUCAAGGUCGAGGUCUUCCGCCAGACGAUCGCGUCGAACGUGCUCGUCGGCUCGUACUGCGCGCUCUCGAAUCAGGGCGCGCUCGUGCAUCCCGCGACCAGCGUGCAGGACCAGGAUGAGCUGAGCAGCUUGCUGCAGGUGCCGGUUGUGGCGGGCACGAUAAAUCGGGGAUCACCAGUAAUCGGCGCCGGCCUCGUCGUCAACGACUGGACAGCAUUCACCGGCAUGGACACGACAGCAACAGAAAUCAGCGUCGUUGAAGCUGCCUUCAAAUUGCAAGGCAACGACUCGUCAGCCGUGAUCGGCGAGAUGAGGGACUCCUUGAUAGAUAACUGGGCAUAGUGGACUUGGGCAUCUUUCAGUCGCAAUGUACUUCUAGCUGGCCUGUCGCAUCUGUUCUGCUUCGCACGUCGCAUUCCAUCCCGUUGCGCCCCGUCGGUCUCCCUCGUUCUCCAGCAUGUUGUGCCAUCCUACUGCGCACAUCGCGGUCUAUUCUUCGUUUUUUGUCGCGGCAUAUGUCUACGAAAGACUUACGUCCAUCAACUUGGCCUGCGUACCAUGCCAAAACGCGGGAUGACCGUCGGAUCCUCCAUCGCCACUACCGUAGUACCAUCGACCACCUUCUCUAUCUUCCUCGACUCGUACACCUCCGUCAGGCUCUCGCGACACGCCUUUUUCAAGAACGGGCUCAUCUCAAGCCGCCGCAAUCGUGGAAGAAGCGGAGGCUCCUCAUUG